GCGACCUCGUAUGCUCCAGUGGUCUCAACAUUUGGUAGAGGGCAGCCCGGAGACAACAACAGCUUACAAAAACAGUGCAAUAAUGUAUCAACGGAUUACAGGCCUACUUUUAUUGUCAGUGUGCUGUACGCUGGCAGAUCCAGGAUUUCGACAACCAAAUGCACAGGAGUGCUGUAAAGAUGGGAGGGAACGCGCUCGAGAUGGACAGGACUGUUCUCUUCUCCCUGUAAUAUCCGGCUCCGCCAGCUGCAGGAUUGCCCAGGAGCAGUGUUGCACAGCGGCCAUGGAGGACCUGUCUUGCAUCCAGGGCAUAAACCAGGCCACAGCCAAUGAAACCUGUAAGCUGUACCUCUUCACUGGCAAUUACAUGGACAGGAGAACUGCUAAGACAUGCUGUGACUGUUGCAUGCUGGGUGUGGAGGCCAAACGUGAGGCCUCAAACUGCGACCUGGACAUUUCUGUAAACAAGCGCUGUCAGCAGGUAGCUCAGGACUGCUGCAGCAGUGCUGAGGGCCACAGUCUCCCCAGACAAGGAAUUGUCAACAUUGGAGCAAGACAUUCAGAGAAUUUGCCAACAAGAUCUCCAUGUGAAGGGUCCAGGUGCUCUCAGCUGUGUGUUGGAAAUGGUGUGUGUGCCUGCCUUGAAGGUUACAGUCUCAGGCCAGAUGGAUUCAGCUGUGAUGAUGUCAGUGAAUGUGUGGUAGGUUCUGCCAGCUGCCAGCAGGGGGAGCAGUGUGUCAACACACUGGGCUCCUUCCGCUGCCAGAGGCAGGCCAGCUGUGGGACAGGCUACGAGCCCACAGACUCCAACCUGUGCAAAGACAUUGACGAGUGUUUGACUGGGACCCAUAACUGUGGCGCUGAGUUCCGGUGUGAGAAUAAGCCCGGUUCCUUCGCCUGCCUGCCGCGCUCACUCUGCCAUGAGGGCUACAUCCAGGAUGCGGUGGGAAACUGCAUUGACAUUAAUGAAUGUCUUAUACUGGAGAGCCCCUGUCCGCUGGGUCAGACGUGUGUGAAUACUCCGGGCUCCUACAGCUGUGAGAGGCAUCAUGUGAGCUGCUCCCGUGGAUAUCACCUCACUGAUGAUGGCAACCGCUGUUUAGAUGUAGAUGAGUGCAAAGGCUCCCAGCCGGCCUGUGAUGGCCACGGCUGUGUGAACCUGUUGGGUACUUUCCGCUGUGAGUGCAAACCAGGCUUCAUAUUCAACAGCAUCAACAAGAUAUGUGAAGAUAUCAAUGAGUGCAGGCAUUAUCCCGGGCAGCUCUGUGCACACAGGUGUGAGAACACGCCAGGGUCCUACCAAUGCAGCUGUAACACGGGAUUCACACUGGCUAGCGAUGGCAGAAACUGCAAUGAUUUGAAUGAGUGUGAAAGUAACCCCUGCAGCCAGGAGUGUGCCAAUGUCUACGGCUCCUACCAAUGCUACUGUCAAGCCGGCUACCAGCUGAGUGACAUUGACGGUGCAACUUGUGAAGAUGUGGAUGAGUGUGCCUUAUCUACCGGAGGAAAGGUCUGCUCCUAUCAGUGCACAAACACUGAGGGCAGCUAUCAAUGCUCCUGCCCUGCCACUGGUUACACUUUGGCACCAAACGGCCGGACGUGUCAAGACAUUGACGAGUGUGCAACUGGAUCUCACACUUGCAACAAUAAGGAGACCUGCUUCAACAUACAAGGCGGAUUCCGCUGCCUGUCCUUUGACUGUCCUCCAAACUUUCGACGCAUUGCAGACAAUCGUUGCGAGCUCUUGCCUUGCCGAGGGCAGGGACGCGAGUGCCGAUCUCUCCCCUUGAGAAUCUCCUUUUACAGCCUCACGUUUCCCACCAACCUCCCGGCGCCUGCCGACGUCUUCCGAAUGGGCCCGUCUAACGCCAUACCGGAGGACGGCGUCCGCCUUGCCAUCGUGGGGGGCAACGAGGAAGGCUACUUCAGCACUCAGAAACAGGGCUACGGAGGGGUGAUCACCCUGCAAAGGACGCUGACGCAACCCAGGGAUUUCCUGCUCAGCGUCGAAAUGCGGCUGACCCGUUUCGGGACCGUCAGUUUUUAUCUGGCCAAGAUUGCUGUGUUUGUAACGCACGGGCAGCCCGUGCCGCCCAUCAGACUGCCAUACAGCAAUGACAUCGGUCUUGACCGCCAUCGCUGCCUGAAGUCGUGUCCGCCCCAUGACACAGACUGCGUUAUGGACACGGUGAAAAUCAUCUCUCACACAAUUAUCUCCUUGACUACAUAUAAAACACUACAGGAUCCAGAAGAAAUCAUCCUUCUCAGGACCAUGGUGUCCCCAAAGUCAUCGUCCCCAUACCUGAGUGCACGUGAUGUCAACUUCGACAUCCUGAAAGGGAAUGUAGACAGCUCUUUUGAUGUGGUGAAACGCCUUCAGCACAAUAAAGUUGUUGGGGUGGUGCGACUGGUCAAGCCUCUCCAAGGUCCAUUGGACACCAUCUUGGAAGUAGCAAUAAAUCAUACUAUUGGUGGCAUUCUCAGUCACACAAACAUUGUUCUCAUUCACGUCUUCAUUUCAGAGUUUCGAUUUUAAGUGGUCACAAUAGUAUUUUCUACAAUGCCAAUUUGUAAUGUGA